AAUCAGAGACUUUUACUAUUUUGGAAGGCAUGCUUUUAGUUGGUUUACAAUUGUCAGGUUACUACUUUAAAGAAACUUAUUCCCCCUCCCCCCUCCGGCGCCCAUGUAAGGUGUGCUUCCAUUUUGUUUUCAAGCAUCAAGUUAUUCUUUAUGUUUAUAAAACAUUAGAUUAGAAUUGUAUCUUGUGUUACAUUGUGCCCAUAAAUGUCAAUGGUCAUUUUCCUUAUGAUAUUCUGAACUUAAUUUCAUUAAUUCUAUUGUCUUAGCUGUUUGUUAUAUGACAAAGAAUUUCACUUUAUGGCUUAAUUUUGUGUAAUUUUUAUUUUGAUUUUUUGUUUAUUGACUCCAAUAAUUUAUCCAGGGGAAAUAUGGUGGAUGCCUUUAGUUGAGCUGCUCAUAUUGUGAUAUUUUACAUCACUAUGGUGGUGGUUGGUGAGAAGUCAAACACAUCAAGUGAUGUUUGGCUUUUUGGUUUUUAUGUCUACAUUCAAUUUUUGGCCUUCUUAUUGCUUGCUAAGAGUGUGUCUCUUUUCAUUAAAUACAAAAUUUUAACAGGUUCCACAUUGGUGUGCUUUCAACUAAUAAUACCUCCUUUGACAGUGCCAUUUGUAUGACCCCAUGAUGUUCUUCCCAUUGAAGAUUAGGUUGUUUGUAGAAGGGGACAAAUCUGUAAUUAAUUCAUUGCCUGAAGUUGGAUUACAUAGUUUACUACUUGGUCCCGAUGUUCUAAUUUCUUUUAAUUGUUUCCAGGUUGGUUCUCAGUAAAUUUAAUAGAAGAUGUUUAUGGUUUCACAACUGCAUACAUUGGUCCCACCAUUUUAACUUGGUGCACUUCCCUACAGGGUUAUGUUAAAUGGGUUCGGCCUUUCAUUAUACACAUACUGGAGAAAAUUUGCUACCCUUUUUGGAUUGUUCUUUUCUGUUCUUCCUUUUUUUUUUUUUUUCUUUCUUUCCUCUUUUGCAUAGUAACUCAAGGAAUUUUGCUGCCUACGUACUUUAAUUAUUUCCAAGACCAAAUGUAUUUUCCUUAGUUAUGGUGCGUUAGUUUGUUCAACUCUUUUGACUUACCCUUCUUUAACUGAAGCAGAUUUAUUGUUAUUUAUGGAUCAAGUUGGGAUAAUACUUUAGAUUUUUUUUUUCUUUAGCAGACGGUAUAAAGAGAAAAAGGAAGAAGUGGCAGAGACGGAGGUUGAUCCUGAACGAGAUCAGCGGAUGGUUUUUGCUUAUGAACUUUUUAUUGCUGUAUCAAUUACAUUUUAUGUCUUGGGCAAACCUAAAUAAAAUCCAAAAUUUGGGAAUUAACUGUAUUUUUAUACAAGAAAUAGGAACUUGCCAUAUUUUAUUUAAAAAAGUUCAAAGGGUGCUAAAUGAAAUUGAAUUACUUAGUCUUUACCGUGUUUGAACUUUGAAGAUCUAUUAUUUUAUUUUAUAUAGGUAAAUGAAGCUGGCCAAAAUGAAUCAACUUUCACAUUGAUUUUAAUUUCUAUUAUCUUUAGCGUACGAUUUAUAAGAUUUUGGCAGGCAAUCAAAGCCAUCUAUUGGAUACCCACUUACUCUGUGCAUGCUUGCCUUGCAGCUGCCCCCAGAAGUUUCGUGCUUCUUGGGCUACUCACUGUGGGGCUAUAAUGUAAUAUGAGAUGGUAGUUUCUUACUUUUGUUACUACUUCUCUUUCACUCACUCUCUCUCUCUCUCUCUCUCUCUCUCUCUCUCUAUGAAGCUAGGGUUUUGAAGCCACCACAGUCAAGAGGUGUUGAUUGAACGAAGCAAUUUGAACGGCUUUUCCAGUUUGCUCGAAGAAUUGAGGAUUUGAUGUACACUAUCACCCCAGAAGAGAUCCCAUUCCAGCUUGGAUUGUCAAAAUUGGAUCUACGGAAGGUGGUGAAAUCCAGUUUAUCUGGGGUUGACAAGUCCAUCACUGCGAUGUAUAAGAAAUUGCAAAAGAACCUAACCUCAGAGGAGGUAUUGCCUUCUUUGUGGGAUAAGUGCAAGACAAGAAAUGCAAUAGGGUUAGUUGCUCCAGCUACUGCCGCGGGUUUAGGUGACACAUACAUUGGGCACCCUCGUCCCUGUGAUAGGAGCAAAUGGAUUUGCUACAGCUGCAGCUGCAACUGCAACUGCUAUAGGAACUAUUGUCGGUAGUUUUAGAUAAUCUCUUAAUAGUUGUCGAUAUGUUUAGAAAGUUAGAUAUGCAUAGUUUUGGAUGGUUUAAAUUUUUUGUACAGUUUAGAACUUAAGGAUAUAGUUUUCGAAUGUUUGGAAUGU